UCAUUUAAGGGUACACACUGGAGAAAAGCCUUACAAGUGUGAAAUUUGUUUUAAGCAAUUUAGUGAAGCAAGAAAUUUAAAAAUGCAUUUAAGGUUACACACUGGAGAAAAGCCUUACAAGUGUGAAAUUUGUUACAAGCAAUUUAGUGAAGCAGAGAAUUUAAAAAUGCAUUUAAGGGUACACACUGGAGAAAAGCCUUACAAGUGUGAAAUUUGUUUCAAGCAAUUUAGUGAAGCAGGAAAUUUAAAAAUGCAUUUAAGGGUACACACUGGAGAAAAGCCUUACAAGUGCGAAAUUUGUUUUAAACAAUUUGGUCGAGUUGAGCAUUUGAAAAGGCAUGUAAAGAGGCACACUGGAGAAAAGCCUUACAAGUGCGAAAUUUGUUCUAAGCAAUUUACUCAAGAUGGAAAUUUAAAAAAUCAUUUGUGGGAACACACUGGAGAAAACCAGUAGAACUGUAAAAUUUGUUUUAAGCAGUAUCUUUAGGAAGUUCAUUAACUUACAGUGCAGGAAUUAAUCUUAAGCGAAAACGGGUUUUUAAAAGAAUAGAAAUACCUACAAUUUGUUGGUAACAUAUUAUUUUGAAAAUACAGUAACAAAUACAAAACUAAAAGCUCUGAAUAUCAUUAAACACUGGUAUAUAAUAUCGUCGGUCCGGUGCCAAAAUCACGAAUAUGUAUAAUAUUUGAUGUUUUGAGAAAAAUGCGUUAAACAUUGGGCACAGUGUUUCAAUUUCAAAAGAAAUUUCAAUUUAUGAAACUAACCACUAUUGAAAAUUGACUUUUAUAAAACAUUAAAAUAAUUGAUGGUUGAAAUUUUGGAAAUUUGUAAUGUUUUUUCCACAAAAAUAAUGCACAUUCGUUGUUUUGGCCUUUCAAAAUUUAAGACAAUAUUGUGUUUCCUUAAAACAAAUAAAACGAUAAU